CGCCCGGUCGUCCGCCCGCCCGCCCUCCGCCGCCGCCAUCAUGUCUCGGUACGCUCGCCCGCCCAACAGCUCCCUCUUUGUGAGGAAUGUGGGGGAUUCCACCAGGCCUGAGGAUUUACGCCGCGAGUUUGGUCGCUAUGGACCAAUAGUAGAUGUUUACGUUCCCCUUGACUUCUACACUCGACGUCCAAGAGGAUUUGCAUAUGUACAGUUUGAAGACGUUCGGGAUGCCGAAGAUGCACUCCACAAUCUGGAUAGGAAGUGGGUGUGUGGCCGCCAAAUCGAGAUCCAGUUCGCCCAAGGCGAUCGAAAAACUCCUGGUCAGAUGAAAUCAAAGGAAUUAAGAUCAUCACGAAGUUCACCUCGGUAUGACCGCUAUGACGAAUAUGAUCGACGGAGGAGGUCCAGAAGUCGCAGUUACGAAAGGAAACGGUCAAGAAGCCGUUCAUAUGAACGUACUCACCGGAGAUCUGAUAGCCCUAAAAAUUCACGAAGCAGAUCGACUGGAAAGCGCAGACGCAGCCGAAGCAAUUCUUUCAACGAGAGGCAUAAACGCCACACUCGUUCCUACACCAGAUCCAAGUCAAGAUCUAGGUCCAGAUCCCGGUCACGUUCUAGGUCAGGAUCCAGGUCCAAAUCCAAGUCUGUGUCCCGAUCAAAGUCGGCAACUAGAAAGGAUUCCAAGGCAAGGUCACAAUCCAGGUCGCUCACCCAUUCAAGAUCCCGGUCCAGAUCCAAAUCCCGAUCACUGAGUGGCUACAAGUCUGACACUCAUCAGGAGGACUGAAAGCAAGAAGUGGGCACCAACUCGCGGCUUCCAUACAUGCUUUUUCUUUUUGUUUAGUUCUUGUAGAGAAUGUUAAGUGGGUACUGGUUUUAUUCUAAAUUACUCUUUAUAGAACAACCUUGACAUGCAGGACUGAUAUGUUUUGAUGGUGUUUCAAAGAUUUUAGCCAUGAUUUUAUUCUAAACAAUGCAGUAACUGUUGUGACUAUGACUGAACAGUUAAUAAAAUGAUAGGCCUCAAAACAUUAACAUGUUCACUCAUUUAUUCAUUGGGUUAACCGGUUUGCUUUUAAGUUUCAGGGCAAAUUUAAAACCCAUUUUGAUUGAAGACAGUGUUCCUUCCUGUUGGUAAUUUUUAUAAAGCAGUGCCCCAUUACUAGUUGUGUGUCCCUUAUAUCCAUAUUCUUUUCCCAGAGUUUAAAUGCAGUUUAUAUUAACAUUCUGGUGGAUUAAUAAAGCUAUUGGAGCAAUAAAUGGAAACUGUAUGAAUUCAGAAUUUAAAAAGGUAACAUUUAACAAAGAACAGAUCAUCGGUGCAGUGCUACUAUAUUCAAUAACCUGGUUAACAGUAUUCUUUUCCCAAAUGCCAUCUUUGAAAUGGCUGUCUGAAAUUUCUUUCAUCCUAUUUAAACGUAUUGAGAAACCAUACAAUGCGGGGAAUGAAUUUGUAGAAAUUCCGCACGCUUUAUUGAAAUAGUCACCUUAAGCACAAUCAAAAGUAUUGACUGUGACUGGCAAUUUGCUGCCCUCAACCUUAUAUUCUGUUACUACAUCCAUUUAUGCGAUGCAGUGGUCUGGCAUGCCUCCUGUAAUAUUGAUUUGUGUACUUUGCAUGAAUGCUUCUUUUCAUUCUUAGCUGUAAAGAUACCAUUUGCUAAUCUGUUAGAUAAGCAAUGUCUUCAGUUUUAUUGUAAGACCAAUGCAGGAACUUGUAUCGGGGGGGG